AUGAAAGAAAUCUUUACCAGAAAGAGAUCUAUUAGUGAGGUAAAGACAGUUGCUUUUAAUGAAGAAUGUAGUACUAUAUUACAGAAUAAAUCUCCACCUAAACUAAAAAAUCCCAGUAGCUUUUCUAUUCCUUGUCACAUUGGUAAUCUGAUUAUUAAUAAAGCUUUAUGUGAUCUGGGUGCUAGUGUAAGUGUUAUGCCAUUAUCUGUGAGCUCUAAAUUAAAUAGAGGUAAAUUAAAAGCUACCAAUAUUACUCUAAAAAUGGCCGAUCGUUCCGUUAAAUACCCUUUAGGUGAUUUAGAGGAUGUUCCUGUUAGGGUUGGUAAAUUUUAUAUACUUGUUGACUUUGUUAUUCUUGAUAUGAAAGAAGAUUUGCAAAUUCCGAUUAUUUUGGGUACACGAUUGGGGAGGUCUACUGUUCCCAAGUUUAAUGAUCUAACGCUACUGGAAAUUGGAAACAGUACACUGUUCCCAUUGCUUCACUGUGGUCUUGAACCAAACGAACAUAACCGCAUAAUGGGUUGCAAAUCUGCCAAACAGAUGUGGGACCUGCUGGCUGUUACCCAUGAAGGAACAAGUGAAGUUAAACGUUCCAAGAUAGACUUGCUGAUGUUUAAGUAUGAACGGUUUGUUAUGGAACCAAGAGAAAGCAUCCAAGAGAUGUUUACAAGGUUCCCUAAUGACACACGAAUUGCAUCUGGGAACAACAGACAGUUUCAGAAACAAGGGACUGGCUCUGGUAGCAGCAGAUCAGGAUGA